CCGAUCUAUCCACCUCGAGUAAAUGCAAUCACCAAUGCUGUUUGUUUUGGAGCACAUCUCAACCAAGAACAACUACAGAAGGCACAAGCACUAGUUAUAGAGUUCACGGACGUAUUCGCACUAUCAAUCCAGGAAGUGAAACCAGUGGACUUUACUAAAUUCCGUCUACAGAUACCUCAGGAUGCGAUAUUUUCAAGGAAAGUGCACCAAAGACCACUAACACAGCCUCAAUGCAAGUAUCUAUUCCCAGUUCUAGAUGACAUGAGACGGGCAGGAAUCACAUGUUUCAUUCCGGCGGACAAAGUCAAAGCGGUAGCUUCAACAGUCUUAGUACAGAAGACUCAC